AACAGACACUCGAAGCCUUCAAAGAAUGAAGCAAGAUUUUUUUAGCAUUGCUAGGUUCCCUCAGUGCAUUGCAGCGGUAGACUGCACCCACAUUAAAAUUAAAAACCCAGGUGGCGAGUUCGGUUCUCGCCAUAGAUGCCGAAAGAAUUUCUAUUCAAUUAAUGUUCAGGUUGUUUGUGACGCGCAUGGCAAAAUUCUAGACAUAGUUGCUAAAUGGAGAGGAUCAGCUCAUGAUUCAAGAAUAUGGCGUGAAUCUGCUAUAGCAAACCAUUUGCAAAAUGUAGAUUUAAGGGGAGGAGUUGUUUUGGGCGACGGUGGGUACGCAUGUUCAAAAAUAUUGAUGACACCAUUUAGAAUAUCGGCUGAAUUAAGUCCAGCAGAACAGCGCUACAACAAAGCGCAUAUUCGAACAAGAAUAACGGUGGAACAACUAUUUGGUCAGCUCAAAAACAAAUUUCGUGCGUGUUUUAAUGGCAUCAACAUCAACUAUGACACAGCCAAAGCAACAAUUGUUGCAAUCGCAAUAUUGCACAAUAUUUCAAAGGAUGGUUCAAACGGUGAUUUCAUAUUUUUUUUAGUAACCUGGGGUCUCCAUUGGACAUUUCCGAUGACAGGACUAUCGGCAAGUCAUCAGAAAAUCUAAUGGAGACCAACAAUCCAACAUCCAGUCCAUGACCCUGAGGCUCCACAAGAGUAAAAUCUAAUCCAAAUUCUCUUCCGCAAUCUCAUCCGCAAUCCAGUGUU